CCCCACCUACACCCGACUUGAAGGUGAUUGUUCUUGAUGCUGAACCAGGGCUGGACCAUGAUGAGCUAGGUGUGCAAAACAAACCCCUCACGCCUCCACAAAAAUUGUCAAUGAAGGUAUGUAAUCCUAGUGAUGUACAUAUGCUUCCUUUCCGCCCACUAUUUUCGUUGUUUUCCUUCGUUCCUUUCUCCGCCACUUGACUUCUAUUUCUUCUUUAAUUAAUUAUAUAUUUUCAUUUAAAAUGUAAAACCUAAAACUCAAGAAAACCUCUUCUUAUUUCCUCUAUUUGUUCGUUCUCCAUGAUUGAAGGGUACCACAAGGUUUGAGCUCCCUACAGCCGUCAACUACAGUGACGAAGAAGUGAGUUUUGCUCACUAUAUAUUUGCAGAAGACCUUCAUCCUGAUGAAGCUUUGGUCAAAACAAUGAUGAAAUCAUAUACCAGGCAGACAUUAUGGAGCUUAUGCCCCGAGUCAAACGUUGAUGCUGAUGUAAGUACUUCUGCGAAACGCCCCUAGUUGACCUGAACGUGCUUAACGAUUUUUAAUCAUUGGAUUUUAUUUCUAUUGUGUUUUAGGUAAUUACAGCGUUAGCAUGCCACUUGACCUUGGACGAAGUUAAAAGAGAUACUGGUCGUGGAAGAGGAGUGUGCUUUCUGCCUACGGAAUUGCAGGUAAGUGUUGCUUUUGCUUUGUAAUUCUAUUUCAGUUUACACAGGGUUGGUUGUUUAUUAAGUAAGAUUAGUGUUCAAUGAUUUAACUUCAUUUUCCUACCAGGAUAUGGUGGUUAAUUAUGGCAUGACAUCAGCAAAGGCAUUAGAGUUAUAUGAUACAAAAUUCCUAUCAAAAGCUCAUAACUGUAGAAAGGUUAUGACUUCUCCACAAUUCUUCCUUCUCAUUUCUGCUUAUUUAGUAGCGGUUUUCACAACAUAUGUGCGCGUGAAUUAUGCCUGCCCUUCUGCUUAAUUUCUUGAAUGAAUUAUGUCGGAAAACUAAUUAGUUAAUUGGAUUGUUUUCUCGUACCUGUGAAGGUUUGUCUUCCCAUGAAAGAUAUGAUGAAUGAUGAAGGCAUCCACUGGUAUUUAGCUAUAAUUUUGAUGGACCAGAAACAAGUACACAUUCUGGAUUCAUGCCCAUCAAAAGAGCGCCAAACAAUCCGUACGAAUGCAGUUCACACAAUGGUAUAGUUAAAAUUUGUGCCAUUGAAUACAUACUUCAAUACAAACGUUGUAGAUCGAAUUUCUGAACGACUUGUUCGAUGCCUUACACAAGGAUGUUCAAUCAACAUGUGCACCACCACAGAUCAAGGAGUUUACUUUGACCACUCCUGAAGUUCCUACACAACGACACAAGUAAGAAUGUAUAUUUGGUCAUAAUUUCACUAGAAAAAUAAAAUAUUUGUGUCUUACGUAAUGCAUCUUUCUAAACAGGAAUGAUAGUGGGAUCUAGGUUUGUGUGUGGAUGAUGGGAUCAACUUGGGAUGAUGACUAUUAUAUUUGGGUAAGAAAUCACCUACUACCUAGGCCCAUUUAUUUCUACGAGCACAUUAAAAAACUAUGUCAACUAUUGUAUUAAUACGUUAUAUUUUCUGUCCUUACAGCCAUGCAAUCAUUUGAGAAGAAUGCAGGUGGCAUUGUACCUAGUCAAAGAGCCUACCAAUUACAUAAGACACAAGGUGCUCAAGAAAGCAAAUCAGAAUGCGCCUAGGUUUGAAGCUCAGACACUUGAGUACAAAAUAGCUUCCCAAGAGAGGAAAGCAGGUUCCCAGAAGAGGCUAAUUCAGGAAAGCAGCUUCCCAGAAGAGGCGAAUUCAGGGCUCAAGGAUAUCUAGUCGCAUAGUGUGUUCUGCUAAAACAUUUUAGCAUUUAGUUUUGUUUCUUCCUUUCCAACGAAUGCCCUCUUUAUGGUAACGAUUUAAGGACACGUUUAUUAUUUGGCGGAUAGAUUGCAAGUUUUGGUGUCCUUUUUUAUUUAUUAGAGGGAGGCUAGGAAAUCAACCGAAUAAACACAAGUACACAGCCAGAGGCUAGUUUUCCAAACAGAAAUGGAACCGCUACAGUAAUCUCACAUUGCAGACAGAUAGCCAAAAUAGCAGCAACAGAAACAGCCACCUCUGAGAUUCGCAUAAAAACUAAUAGAGAUAAACUGGCCAGAUUACUUGCCUCGGGAAACUUAUUCCCAUCACGUCUUCACGAAGUAACCCAUCGAAAUUUGCUGGAGGAUCGUCCAACAACCAGCCCAAUCAAGUGGACCUUUAAACCAUUUUUCAAUAAAGAUGGAAGAACCCGAAACAUGAUUAAAAGCAUCACUAGUGAAGAAUGUGGCUAAAAUUGAAUUAGGAACUUAUAGUCAUUUCUCGUGGUGACUAAAAUGAAAGAGGUCACAUAUCGUCCAUUCAAAUAAUAUUUGUCUGAGCUCAACCAAACUUGAGUUGCUCCCCCUAUAAAUGUAAUCACCCUCUUGUUUCUUCAUAUCUUCUUCAGACAACUUAUCAACUGUGCUAAACAUGAAACUAUCAAGAUCGACUUCCUUGUUCAUCGGAUCCAUUCUGACCUGGAAAAAGAAAACCACCAAACAAGCUCCUCAACAGAUCAUGUCAAAGACUACUGAAAGAAUGGACCAAAAACACACAUGAUCCUGGAAAGGGACAUCUUAAGCACCUAAUUCCGAUACACAUUAACUCGGUUUAUCAUCAAUGCAUAAAACCGUCACCACAAUUCGUCAAAACCCUUACCUUGUCAAAGUUAACCACGAAGAUAGAAGCAGGACUGGGCCUGUCGGGGUCUCUGUUUAGUUCGAACCCCACGGUUUCAGUGUAAAAAAAUGUAGGAAUAGAAUUUUUGAAAUACAGACUCCACAGCUGUAGCCUCCGCUUCAAACAACGAGACCUCUCUUCCCAAAUCAGUCUACAAUACACCUCAUCCAUAUCAGAGAUCCAUCCAAAAUCACAGCAUUGUAGUUCGAAAAUCAAUUUCGGCAAUUUCAAUGCAAAAUCCCUUUCUUACCUCCCUAGCAGAUCCUGAAGGAACCAUGGCCUCUUUCAUUGCCUUCUCCAGUGCAAUCAUCUCCGCCUGCCCAGCUGUUUGCACAAGUGAAUUACUCAUACAAGCAACAAUUAGUUUUCAUUCAAAGGGAUGGGGGUGCUUAUGCUUGCACAGCUUGACGCCGAGAUUACCUGCAAUAUUCGGCCAUUUUAGGGUUCAAACAAUCGAUUGGGAGGAAUCAUAGGACAGGUGGGAAAUAUAACAGUCGAGAACGGGAAAACGAAGAAGAAUAAGAGGGGGAAACAGAGUGGUUCAAUUAUCGCUGCCAUUUUCUGAGGCGGCUGGGAUGAUUUACAGGAGUAGGGAGGAAGAACAGGGUUAUUCCCAAUUCGAACAGAAAAAUGGAGAAGAGAGAAGGUCCAAGGUCGGGAUUUGGAGGAGAGGGGUAGGGCUGCGGGUGGGGCAAGGUAGGUGUCCUUUCUCUUAGGGUGGUUGGAUUUUGGGUCAAUUCAAUAACUAAACAGAACCAACCCGAUUUGGUUUACAAUGGACUAAAAUGAAAGAAAAACUAAUUCUAUGA